UAAAUCUCAAUAGCGUUCUGUAUCUACUUAAUAACGUACAUACGAGUAUGCCUAGAGUGACGUAAGCCAGAGGUCGCAAUGUGUGGCCAAGCCGACGCGGGCGCAGAGAUCACUAGUGCGCCGUGAUCCCUACACUCUCAACGUACUGAUUCAAUUACUUGACCAUGAAAAUCUCAUUUAUUUUCCUGACGCUUUUGGCGGCUACUCGAGCUGACGACAUCGCCCAUGCUGCCGGGCAAAUCUUCAACAGCAUUUUGCCAAACCUCAUCAGUAACCAAGUCGCUAACGGUGGCCAGCAAGGAAACUCCGCCACGAACACGCUUCAGCAAAUCGGAACUGUCGUCGGAGGAGUGGUAGAUUACGCGAAGAAGAAAAGUUACGAUGACCUCCUCAAGCAAGUGCAAGACUCCACCACUGACGAUGACCUCCUCCGAGUCAGUGAUGAGAUGUUCAACGCGGAUAUCAAUAAUGCAUUCAACUACAUUCAGGUCAAUCUUCAAGGCAAAACCAGUCCCAUGUCGAAGAACGACGAGGCGCAAUCGAAUCUUCUGAACGUGCCGGAAAAUGUGUGGAAUGGGCCCACAAUAAGACCUUUUGUGGCCCUCUUCGAUAACUAUCACAAAAACGUGAUUAGGCCAGAAUUCGUCACACCUAAUGAAGAAACGGAACAAGUCACUUACAUUAACACUAUACUUGCGACCGGCCCAAUUAGGAGUCUCAUGACAUAUCUGGUCAGCAAAGGUUUGACGCAAUUAAACGAAUAUCCGGAACAAGUGGAGCUCCUCAAGAAGAUCUGGUUCACGAAGUACGCCCGGCACUGGACUGGACUGUGCAAAUGCAGCUGUGCCUUCGAAAACAUCUUCAUGGCUGAGCUCAAAUCUGACACUGUACUCGGCCUGCACAGCUGGCUGUUCUUUGCCAAGCGCGAAUUGGACCACAAAGCAAACUACCUUGGAUACAUCAACAAACUCGACCUUGCGGGAAAAGGCAUGAUACUGAAGCAGCACUCUGUCCUGUCGGAGACCAAGGAUGCGCCAGAGGUGACAAUGUUCGUGGGAACUUCCCCCGAACUCGAGACCGCUCUAUACACGCUCUGCUUCAUGGCCCGCCCAGACCGGCCCUGCAACCUUCGCUACAACAACAUCAACUUCAGCAUACAAACCAAGACUCUUACCGCAGAGAAUGUGAAACUCAUAGAUACAGCCUACCCACAAUUUUAACAUGUUUAUUUGAUUAAUUUUUCUCCUGUAUAAUAGUCGUAGGCGUACCACGGGCUGUUCCCGUGGAAGGACAUAACCGAGUUAAACGUAAGGAUGAUAAUGAAAAUAUAAGGUUGCGUUACCCGUGUUUCCAGAGAUAAACAUUGUUCUUCUUAAAUGUCAUAAAAUAAGAUUAAUUUAUUCGAAGUUAAUAUGAAGAUUUCUUACAACCAUUUAAGCAACUAAUAAUUAAAACAUUUCCCCAUUUUUAGUAAAACCGACUUGCCAUAGUUAAUUUAAGUUAAUACAAAUAAUUUAUUUUUAAUACAUAUUUUUAUUUAAAUAGGCGUUGUGUUAACUGCAUGUGUAUAAAAAAAUUAAACAUA